GGGCGGGACUGGCCCCGCGCACUUCAGCCCCGCAGCACCUCGGGGGCGGACUCGGGGCGCAGUCUUCGCGUCCGGAUCGCGGUGACAAGCGCCCCCGGGGCCAGAAGCUGGGCUGUCUGGCGCGGGGAGGGUGAGGACACCGUGCUGGGCUCGUGCGGGGCCGGGGCGUCGCGAUGAACAUCGUGGUGGAGUUCUUCCUGGUCACUUUCAAAGUACUGUGGGCGUUCGUGCUGGCCGCGGCGCGCUGGCUGGUGCGGCCCAAGGAGAAGAGCGUGGCCGGCCAGGUGUGCCUCAUCACGGGCGCGGGCAGCGGCCUGGGCCGCCUCUUCGCUCUGGAGUUCGCUCGACGCCGGGCACUGCUGGUUCUCUGGGACAUCAACACGCAGAGCAAUGAGGAGACCGCAGGCAUGGUGCGCCACAUCUACCGGGACCUGGAGGCGGCCGACGCCGCUGCUCUGCAAGCUGGGAACGGUGAGGAGGAAAUCCUGCCCCCAUGUAACUUACAGGUUUUUACCUAUACCUGUGAUGUGGGGAAGAGAGAGAAUGUCUACCUGACAGCUGAAAGGGUCCGCAAGGAGGUUGGUGAGGUCUCGGUCCUGGUCAAUAACGCUGGUGUGGUUUCUGGACAUCACCUUCUGGAAUGUCCUGAUGAGCUCAUUGAGAGAACCAUGAUGGUCAACUGCCACGCACACUUCUGGACCACUAAGGCCUUUCUUCCAACGAUGCUGGAGAUUAAUCAUGGCCAUAUUGUGACGGUGGCGAGCUCCCUGGGACUGUUCAGCACUGCUGGAGUUGAGGAUUACUGUGCCAGUAAGUUUGGAGUUGUGGGUUUUCAUGAAUCUCUGAGUCAUGAACUGAAGGCUGCUGAAAAGGAUGGAAUUAAAACAACUUUGGUUUGCCCUUACCUUGUAGACACGGGCAUGUUCAGAGGCUGCCGAAUCAGAAAAGAAAUUGAGCCCUUUUUGCCCCCUUUGAAGCCCGAUUACUGUGUGAAGCAGGCCAUGAAGGCCAUCCUCACUGACCAGCCCAUGAUCUGCACCCCUCGUCUCAUGUACAUCGUGACAUUCAUGAAGAGCAUCCUUCCCUUCGAAGCAGUCGUGUGCAUGUAUCGAUUUCUAGGAGCAGACAAGUGUAUGUAUCCCUUUAUUGCUCAGAGAAAACAAGCCACAAACAAUAAUGAAGCAAAAAAUGGAAUCUAAAGUGCUUUUGUACGGAGUGCCGUUUCUGUCAGGAUGGUUGGUCCAUGUGCAUCAGCAGUACUGAACGUCUGGAUUCGAACCCCAUGCCGACUGUUUUUCUAAUCAACUUUUUAAAAAAUAAUAAAGUGUAAAUUAACUGACUAGUGUGCUUGAAAACUGUGAGCUUGGGCUUUUGCCAGCGGGGUCUUUUUUAGACAGGGCCCUAAACAUGAGUCCAGUAUUUAGGCAGCACUACGUGACAUCACUAUUUUUUAAUGAGCAGAGUCUAGAGAUGAUGGCUGCCGUGUAUUUCAUGUGCUUAGUCUUCUGGGUCCCCACAGGAUUGAGUCAUUCAUUACCGUGGAAGCCCAGGUGGCACCUUCUGCAUUCAAGGACCGACAGUGUGGCCUGUUCUGUUGUGUUGUCGGUUCUUCUCAUGCACGUCUGGGUGUCUGGAUUUUUUGAUGUCAGUUUGAGAUCAGUGCAGUCUGACCAUCACAGUGAAGGCCAUGGGUCUCUUUCUUAAACUUACAGACUAAAUAGUCAGUGAUUUUUAAAUUCAAUCUCUGAAAUACUAGAUUACAUGUUUAGAGACCUGGUUAAUCCAAAUGGUUAUACAUUUUCUACCUGUGAAUUUUGCUGCAUAUAGAAAGUGCCCUUUCCUCACGGAGCUGCAAUUUAAGGGAGGAGAGAGGACCUUGUCUACCGAACACAGCAGCUCUACAAAGAUAAUGGGAAUUUCUGCAUUAAAAAGUCCCCACAUUCGUGCCAGCUUUGAUUAGUGUGGGGGACGGAUCUUGUAUGGAGUAUUGUGAAGGGUGUAAAGAUUCCUUGAAAGGUUUAUUCACAUUGUAGAACAGCAAAUGACAUUUUUACAGUAUUUUUUUGUAAAGCAAACUAUUUUGUGCCUUGAAUUUGGUAUAUGUGUAUUAGUGAAACAUUGUAAAGUGAAUUUCUACCUCUGUAUCUACGUGUGUACCAUCCUCUUGUAAAUUACUAUGAACAUUAUGUGAUUGCUUCUGUUUGUUUGUUUUAGGAUGUCUUGUUUAAACGGUGACCAAUGUUUAAGGCUGUUCCAAGAAGCCAACUUUACUAAUCAGGAAGUUUUCUAAAGAACUGAUUAAAUACUUACAUAACUGA